CUUCGCGGGAGACAUCCUGAAAUAACGCGAUUUGCAGCGGCGGCGCGCGCGCACCCGCGCUGCUCCGCGCGGCGCUGCCGUCGCCCGCGCUUAUCCGACGCCAUUUUCACACACGCACCGAGCUUUCCCGCGGACAGAUCACCAAGCAUCCCCCGCAGCGGCAGCCCGGCAAGACACGAGUCGUGUCUCAAGCUGCGGCGCCCUACGCACGUGCUCGACCGUGUCUAGUGACUGUGCACUUACAUCAAACUUAAUCGGACCUAAAUAUUCAAAUGACUCUAAUUCAAAACCCGAGUGAAGCAAAAGGCGAAACAAUGGAGGCAUCCCCGGCCAAAGAGGACAGCGCCAAGUCCUUGAGGCCCGUGAGAAACAGACGAUACACACGAAGGAGUCUAGUUGCAGGCCAGCGGCCUCAGAAAAGGUUAUUCACGCCAGAAAUAAAGCGGUAUUUAAAGGAUUGGCUAGUGCGUCGAAGAGACAAUCCCUAUCCUAAUCGAGAGGAAAAGAAAUACCUCGCGGACGAAACAGGCCUCACUUACAUUCAGAUUUGCAACUGGUUUGCCAACUGGCGGCGCAAACUGAAAAACGUGAAUGCGGACCGAAAUCAACAAACGUGGGGACAUCUCAUCCGCACAUACAACGACCGCGCGCAGGGCAACGUGGAGCAGUUCAGCAUCAGCUCCGACGACAGCAUCUGGAGCGAGCCCGAGCCCACCAGCUCCAACUACGAGUCCGUAGACUUCGACACCGAGCACGACAGCCCGGAACCACACUACCAAGAGGACUCCGACUCUUCCACUAACUCUAAAGAGAAAUGUGAAUUUUUCAACAACAACUCCUACGGCGAACAGCAAGAAUGUCUCGGGGAGUCGAAGAAAAUUACGAGUCCGUUACUUCUUAGCAAGUGGUUGGAGAGCGCAGCGAGGUUUCAGCCUAGCGAGAUGAACUACGCGUGGUGGGCGGAGGGCAAGCGGCGGCGGGUGGAGCGGCCGCCGCGGGGCAGCAUCAGCAGCGUGCGGCACGACCGGGACGAAGUGGAGGCGGCGGUGGCCCUCACGGCGCUCGCCGGCGCCACCACGCGCCUCACUGCCCCCUAGAGCGCUCCUCCACUUACAACUCAAAUAUGUGAUUUUAUUCACUUAGCACAAUGCAUUGACAUGUGCUACUUGCUUGUUACCCUGUUGCCAUAAUUCGAAAACAGAAACUGAACGCAGAAACUGCAUGAUGGCGAGAAAGGCCUCAUUGGCGUAAAGACUUCCGAGGCUAGGUGACGCAUUGUUUUGAACUUCCCUGGCCUAUUUCCCUGAUAAGUACAUUAUGAUUAUUAUGAAUAAUAAUAUGAUCCUUUCCUAGAUCAGGGUAGAUAAUUUAACUAAUGCAAUUUUGAAGGGGUCCAAAAAUAUUUCGUUGUUCAAUAUUAUCCUACUGAGUAAUUUCCAACGUAAUAUGAACCCUAAAUCGCAAACUAUGUAUAGGUAUUACAAUAUUACCUGUUGCAAGACACAAUUUAACAGUUUUUUUAUUUUAUUUCAAAUAGUAGAGGUUUCUACUGAUGUGAGUGCUAAUGGUUGGUUUAUCUAAGUCAGGGGUCACCAAAAAUCGGAUCGCCGACCUAUCUAACGCGGUCCGCGUUUUGAUGUAACGCCGUCCCGUCCGAAACGGACCGCGAUGGUAAUCUUAUUUUUGCAAACCCUUGAAGAAACUAAUUGGUGACCCUGAUCGAAGUGCUGCAGUGACUACUGUAUUCAAACAGUUUUUGCACAGUAUAAUAAAGAGUACUACUCUCGGUUACCUCACAAAACGCGAACAGUCGACCUGUCAUAUACAAGCAUAGUACGAGUUCACCUACACGAGCUUUAGACUGUGUGCUAGGAACGUGCCUCUUUCAUAUAUUUGAUUGCCAGUGUCCGAGGUGUGGUUUUAGUCUAGACUCUUAUUAUAAGAAUGUUACGAUUUUAUCAAAGAUGAUAGGUAUACAUAAAUAAUUAAUUACUAUGAACAUGGUUGAGUUUACAUAUAAUAUCAAUAUUGGUGGCAAUGUACUAAUAACAGGUGCCUACAAGACAAAAACUUUAUGGCUAUGUACUUAACCUAAAUUUAUGUGCCAUUUUGAAUAAGAUUUGCUCAACUUAUCUGUAAUAUUUAAGUAGCCUGAGUGACUGCCUAUUUGCCUUAAUAUUAUAUAAUAUUGGUAGAUUAGGCCAUUUUCGUUGUUUAAUUGAUCUCUUUUAGACUAGACAUUAAGAAUUAAUGUAAAUUUAACACCUGCCAAAGAUUGCGUUUAAAGUUCCACAUUUAUUAUAAAAAUAAUAAAUUUGUUGUGACAAAAAAAAGUGUUUGGUCCUUUCCAACCAAAACCAUUAGAAUUAAAAAAAAUGAAGUACAGUCAAGGGUAAAAAUAUGGGUGUACACAUCUUACUCAAAAAUAUGUCCCAUGGCAUCUCAGUCCGGUGUAAUAAGAAUGUAGUACCACAUUUAUGAGACGAUUCUUAGAUACAUAUUUUUCCACUUGACUGUACUUAAUGAUGGGUAUUUAAAGGAACAGCAACAUGAUGUGAUAUUAUUCCAAAUUAUAGAGACUAUUGAUGAAAACAAAUGUCCUCAGUUAAUAAUAAAACAUUUUGGGUUCAAUAAAAUGGAUCAAUGGAUCGCAUUUCUAUAUCGAUCACAUUUUUUUUUCGAUGGUUGCUCUCAAAAUUCAAGAGUAAAAGUUUUAAGAGCUGCAAGCUAGCUACCUAGCCCAUUGCAGAUUAGGACCCUCAUAAUUAUAUGUAUAAGUACUUAAAUAAUGUAUGUAUUUUCAUUACAGACAUAUUUUACAGGUUUACAUUAAAUCUACCAAAUACUUUCUAGCUAUUAUGAGUAAUGGAUGAUGUAUGUGUAAGAAGCUACACAGUAGACUAU